ACUUUGCCAUUUCACUUGUUGAAAGCGCCGAAACCUGCUCGGAAUCGUUUAUACGCGAUGUCUGUCAAGGUUUUGUCUGAGUGUAUGACAUACAACGUAUAAUAAAACCUCGUUGACCCCGAGGCCAAGCGUUUUAUCACAUUAGGAUGUAAUUGAGAAUCAAUCCGUUUCACAAAAUUGUUUCAUACAUCGAGUCCCUUUUCAUACAGUACAGUGGGAUUUUUACAGCGAGGGUAUUUUUUGAUCGUUCUUUUGUUGUUGUUCAAAGAAGAUAAAGGAAAGCUAUUAACGUGACAGAAUAUUUGAAAUGUUUGCCAGAGCAUAUACGUUUACAUAGCUGAAGUGAACGGAGAAGGGCCUCUCGAAGUACAUAACUGGCCUUUUGAUUCUAUAGUCGAAACAACUCAACGAUCUUCCAAUUGUUCCUUCCACGAUAUUAGAAGAAAGUUGAGUGUAUGUGAUACAUAUGAAUGUUGGUUCAACUGUGCUUAAGACGAGACUAAAGUUGGUCAAACGACGAAAUUUACGACGCACACAAUUUUUACUAAUACAAAUCGUUACAGUACUUAAGAAACUUGCGAUUUGUCGCUUUUUAUUAUCAUCUGUAGAUUGGCCGUCGUGAAUUUACGAUUGUGAAAUCAUUUUGCGUGUUGUUCUACCUUAUUGACGAGUUUGCCGAUCGUUGAAUAACGAUUCCAAUGCUUUAAGGUAGAGGAACAUUGGCUUUAGAGCGAAUGCCUGUUGGUAUUACAUCACACACACGAGAACUGACAGUUGCAAUUUAUCAUAUACACAACUAGCAAGCUGUUAUAGAAAAUAUACAGUUAACUAGAUGGAUUUAUUGCAGAAGGAAGAACAUCUUACAAGCAAGAGAAAAGGAGAAAGUGGUCGUGCCGGUGGUUUAGGUCCAAUAACAGACGAGGCAAUCACAAGUGAUUUUAAUAAUAAUUCCGAUAUUGAUCUUAUCUGCCGUGUUUGUCAUAUGGAAUAUCGGAAUCCAAAACUGCUACCUUGCCUUCAUACUUUCUGUGAGAGAUGUUUGAAUAAGUGCGUUUAUAAUAUUCAAGAAAAUAGUUACAUCCGAUGCCCUUUGUGUGGCACGCUUAAGAAGACAGCUUCAAAAUUACUUGACGAGAAAGACGUCUGUUUUGAUGAACUUAACACCGACUUUGUCGCGCUUAAUAUUCUCAACACUUGCGCAACAAACCACAUUGACCUGGAGAAUGUGCAUUGUAGUAAUUGCACUGGUCGUGCGCGUGCGCAGAGUCUUUGCUCGGAAUGCUCUACGUUAUUAUGCAUCAACUGUCAACGCGUACACAAGAAGAGGAAACUGACAAAGAAUCACCGUCUUUGCUCGUUGGCUCUUCUCUCCCUUCCAGCCAAUCAGCCGUUGCAUGCUGGCGACUAUUGUCGCACUCACGUGGGCCAGAAAACAACUCUCUUUUGCAAAUCAUGCAAUCGUGUCGUAUGUAACGAUUGCACGUUAUUGGAUCACGCGAAAGACGAGCACACUGUCACAGAUCUCUCAGACGUCUCUCCAUAUCAAAGGCGGCAACUUGCCGAACUGUUACACGCUGUUCAAAAAAGAGUGCCUUUCUUGAAACGUACUUUGAAUGACGUCGAUUCAGUUUUGAAGGCAAUCCCCGAUCAUGCUGAUGCGGUAGCAAGAGAAAUUGCAAAAACAACCGAACAUUUGAUCAAGUUUUUACGACAUCGUCAAGACGUCUUGCUGGAUGAGUUGACGAAGUUGUGCGCGCACAAGUCUGCAGUUUUACAUGAACAGAAAUCCCGGAUUCAGUCCGAACUGAAAAUCCUGGAUGACAACAGCCAAACGACUAAACGAAUUCUACAAAACGGCAGCAGCUCCGAGAUCGCCACCGUCAAGACCAUGAUAAGCGACCGCUUGCAAUUUCUCAGAAAUAUGAAACUUGACGUGGAAGUGGAUGAGAACGCCGAGUUCGGAUACGAAUCUGGUUUCGAGGAAUUGAAGAACGAAAUUAUGCGUUGUGGUAAAAUUUUCCCAAUUGAUAACCGACCCUUGAAGAUAAUUGGUGAAGGUUUGCAGGAAGCUUCUGUCGGAAAAUACGUCGCGUUUGACAUGGCAAAGUCCGAAAAAUACGAACUUUCCCACCACCGGGAUAUUGAUGUACGAAUUGAGACCCCGGACUCAGUACUCCUUCAGUGUGACGUCAUACACAGUGGAGAUUUGUUCACUGUCGUGUACAAUCCGAAGGUUCUUGGAGAGCACGAGAUUUCUAUCAUCGUUCGUUCGGAGCAUUUGCCCGAUAGUCCUUACAGUGUAAAUGUCAAGGCAGGUCAUGCUGAUUUUCUUGAGAACUCCGUAAAAUUAUCCACAUUUGGUGACCGGGGUAAUGCACCCGGCUAUUUUAACGCUCCGAGUGAUAUAGCCGUACGAAACAACGGCGAUGUAUUAAUAGCAGACGCUUCCAAUCAUAGAGUUCAAGUACUUAAUCCCAAAUCGAGAAAUAUUUCCUGCUUUGGAGAGGAAGGCACAUUGUUCGGUCAGUUGUCCUACCCCUCGGGUAUUGCAAUUUCUCGGCUUGGUCAUGUGAUCGUCUGUGAUCAUGGCAACCAUCGCGUGCAGAUGUUCACUUUUGAUGGCGUGUACCUGCAGUCGUUUGGUGGUUAUGGGGACGACGAGGGAUUGAUGAAACGUCCCACUGGGGUAGCUGUUGAUUUGGAGGGACGCAUAUUAAUAGUUGACCAACAGAAUCACAGAGUUCAAGUUUUUGAUGAAAGUGGAGAGUAUCUCCAUCACUUUGGUUGUCAUGGAUACAAGCAAGCGGAACUUCGUACUCCAAUGUACGUAGCGGUCAGUCCUGACAAUGACAUUUACGUCACAGACACAGGAAAUGAUCGUGUUGUGGUCUUUGACGCUCAUGGUCGCCAUCAUCGAACGAUCGGCAGACCUGGCAAAGAGGAUGGUGAAUUCAUAAAACCCACGGGCAUUACGAUCGACGGCGCCGGCUACAUUUAUGUGUCGGAUCAAAGCGGCCGAGUUCAAGUGUUUGACAGCGAACAUCAGUUCGUCACUGAUCUACAGUCAAAGUCAAAUGUUACACUGGAGUGUCCUGUUGGGAUUGAUUACACCCCUGAGGGAAGCAUAAUUGUCGCGGAUAAAAGUUGUCAUAAUAUUGUGAUGUUUAGUUGUGUACUUUGAUGAUUUAUGGAGAUUAAAUGCAAAAAUCAUUUAUUGGACAAUGAAGUUCAAAAUACAGAAAUGAAAAUUUAUUCAUUGAAUGACUUAAUUAUAAUUGCUUAGUAACUUCAAGAUUAUAUGUUCCACCCUACACUAGUAAAAGGAGGAAGAAGUUUGCUCA